AUGGCAGGCGCGCCUCUUCGGAUCGGCUACGUGCCCGAGCACUUUUCCACGCCCAUCUACUUUGCCCAGAAGCACUACGGCCUCGACGCCGUCCUGACGCCGUUUCCCUCGGGCACCGGCGCCAUGAUCACCGCGCUCCGGGCCAAGGAGAUUGACAUUGGCAUCGGCCUGACUGAGGGCUGGAUCGCCGGCCUCGGCAAGGAGGACCUGCCAGGCGACGGCGGCUAUCGUCUCGUAGGCACCUACGUCGACACCCCUCUCUGCUGGGCCAUCUCGACGGGUGCGCAACGCCCAGAAAUCACGUCCAUCGAGUCCCUCCGAGGCGGCAAAAUUGGCGUCUCUCGCAUCGGCUCUGGCAGCUACGUCAUGGGCUUUGUCCUCGCCGACCAGUACGGCUGGCUCUCCCCCGGCGGUCCGCCUCCGUUUUCCGACAAUGUCGUGCUGCACACCUUUGCCAACCUGCGCGGCGCCGUCAACUCUGGCGAGGCCGACUUCUUCAUGUGGGAGCACUUUACGCAGAAGCGCUACUUUGACUCGGGCGAGAUUCGCCGCGUCGGCGAGAUUUACACGCCGUGGAGCAGCUGGAAGAUUGUCGCGUCGACGGACCUGCCGGCGGGGGACGCGCGGGUGCAGACGCUGUUUGAGAAGCUGGACAGGGGCAUCGCGCACUUCAACGACAACCAGGAGGAGGCGGUGCGGUACAUUUGCACCAAUCUGGACUACACCGAGGCGGACGCGCGCGAGUGGCUCAAGACGGUCAAGUUUCCUGCGCGGACGAGGGGCGUCAAGGCCGAGACGGUCGAGAGCUGCGUGGCGAUUCUGCAAAAGGCUGGCGUGCUGGUGCCGGGCAAGGGCAUGCAAGCGGGGGCCAUGGUAGUUUGA